AUGUCCUGCCAGUUGGAGCACCCCGUGCCGUUGUCGAUCCACCUCGCCGGCUCUUCCCUGACCGCGGCCGCUGCGGCGUCCAGCGGGGGCGGCCAGGCGGUCUGGACGGGCGUCCACCGCACAGCUGCGGCUGCGAGGGCCGACAGUGAAACGAACGCACUGACGACCCCGAAACAAUUUCUAUGCCGCUCUUCUGUCACUGGCAGCGGGAGCAGCGCGUCGGUGUCGGUGCGAACGCUGGCUCCACCCAGGCUCUGCUCCACGUCUCGCCGUAACGUGCCUGCGUCCCCGUGCCGUGCGUGCAAUAUCGGCCGCUCCGCCCUGGCAUCAGGAGGUCUCAUCGCGAGCGCCUCGGCCCCCUGCUCGGAAAACCAAGCGCCACAUUGGCUUGAGCACGGAUCGCCAGUGAUGUUGUGUUGA